AUGGGUGAGAGAGAGAUCCAGGACACCAUGACUGUCGACUCGUUCUCCCAGCUCCCCUUCUUCCGCCCACCUCCUUCCGCGAGAGAGAACUCCAGCCCCACCGCAAGCAGCUCCAUCCGCCUCUUUGGCAUCGACUUUCCGGACGCGGCCGAGGACGAACGCUCCCCAAAAGGGGACGACGGUGGAAACACGGCCAAGGGCUCUGCCGGCGGUGGCGGUGGCGGUGGCGGUGGCGGUGGUGGUGGCGGCGGGGGGGGAGAUACUGGGCGGAGGUUCGAGUGCCACUAUUGUUGCAGGAACUUUCCCACGUCGCAGGCCCUUGGCGGCCACCAGAACGCGCACAAGCGUGAGCGGCAGCACGCCAAAAGGGCUCACCUGCAGUCCACCAUGGGUGCCCACCAGUACCAGCAGGCCCUCGGCGGCGCCGCCGCAGAGGGCAGCAUCUAUGGCUUCAUGGCUUCCGCAGCGCGGCUAGGCGUCGACCACGCCUUCAAGCCACCAGUUCUCUCCCCCCACUACCCUUCUUCGACGACCCUAGUCGGGGCUCCCUUCUACGGCGCUUCUGGGCUGAUCUCUCAGCCCGUUCCAAGUAUGUGGAGAAUCCCCCCCGUGCAGCGCGCCAGCCUUCCGCCGACACAACUGGACCGACCGGCGGCGAUGACUCUCUUCAGUGGCGAUGGUUCGAGAGCGUUGGGUAGCAUUGCACGGAUUGGUGGCGGCGGGAUCACUGGUUCACCCUCGUCGUCUUCGUCGCCGGGGGGCAGACUGGUUUAUGAGGCGGCUUCUGGUAUGAAGGACCACCUGAGCCUGGAUUUGCAUUUGUAA